UUUGAAUUUUUUUUCCCCUCAUAGACCCUGUCCAGAUCAAUUGUUGUUGAACCAGGAGCUAUAUGAAAUCUUGCCAGAGUAGCUUUGUCAUACCUGAUUUAGUCCCCUUGUAUCUUUGUUGUUGUUGUAGUGGUGGUUGUAUAGUAUCGACCAGUUUUGGAGACGAAUGACGAAUCCAGGACUGCACUUGUCACAGCUACUUAGGAGUUGAAGAUGUGACAAGUUUGUGUAUUAAGCAUUGGUGCACAAACUUGUGCUUACCAAGUAAGUUUAUGGAACUGCACUAUUAUAUAUCAUCUUUGUUUCAAUUUAUCCAGCUUUUUCUUUAGUCUCUUUUAAAUGAAUAUCUCUUCUAAAGAUACAUUAAUCCAAACAAAUAUUACAAAUUAAUAUGUGAAUUCUGGUUGCAUAUGUGAAUCUGCUGUAUAUUUUUCCUGAGGGUGGCCUCAAGAAUACAUAAAAGGGGCUACUAUGGCUAACUUGUUCAUGUAACAUGUUUGGUCAUAUGUCCAUUGAAAAGCAACUUCAGAUAUAUGCAAUUCUGGUGCUUUAGUUGAGUUGAUUUAAGGUUGCCUUUUUUGUUCUGAUCAUAUUUGGAUAUGCCAAUUACAUGUUAUAAUCAUCUGGUUUCACAAUGAUUAAAGGAUUUUGGUUAUACAAUAAAGAGAAGAAAAAAGUGCAUGCAUAACAAAGAUGGAAUUUAGGACAUGGAUGUGACCCCUCACCAAACUAGGAUACAUGUCAAAAUGCCUUUCAUUUGCUACAAAAGAGCUAUUAUUACUCCAAACAAAGGUACUACUUUAUAUAGCUGCAAUGUUUGACAUGCCUAAGAUGAAAUGUAAAACCUCUUAUAUUACUUGGACAGUUUAUUUUCACCAACCUCAAUCAAGAUUUUUUAAGAGGGAAAAAUGAAAAGGGGAUACUCAAUAUAUAUACUUAAGUAAAAAAAUAAUCCAAAUAAGGGUAUCCUUUUCUACUUUUAUCAACAAAGAAUAAGAAAAAAUGUUCUUGAGUUUCAAACUUUUUAAAUAUAACGGUAACUAACUUGCUAUAACUACACUUAUAAUUCAUAUGUAUAUGCUUUUUAAUGGUACACUUAGGAACCAUUAUUAUGAAUGUGAAGAAAGAAGUUUUGGUAUAUGAUUACAUGGGGCAAAAGCACUUUAUCUUUGUCUACCACCAGUAUGCAAAUAUCAUUACCAUUUUCUACUGUUGACCUGUCUUGUACUAAAACUUGGACAUAAACUGACAUAAAAAAAAAAAAAAAAAACUUGCUAAUCAAGCUUUGGUUGAAUCUAGUAGUAGCAAUACUCAUAUGUUUUUGUGAAGAAAUCAUAUAUUUGGUAUUUGUUCAAUUUUUGGUUAGAAAAUGAUAUCUCCCAUAUAUCCAAAUGAUGGUGUUAUUCUUAACUGGACAAUUGGAAAUUCUUCUCUAGCUAUAAUUGUGUCUCUAUCAAUCCCUUGAAUUUUGAGAAGGGUAUAUAUAUAUAUAUCUUGUGACUAAUCAUGAAAUGCUAACUUAUUAUCAACUUGAGCUUGCUCACAUUGUCGGUCUCAAAUACAGAUAAAGGAGGAGGGUUACCGUAGGCUGACAACUAAUAUAAACUUGUCAAUUCAUGAUGAAUCCUCGUAAAUAAUUAUAUGAGAUGCAUUUAAAUGAAGUGUAGGGAUUUAUAUAGCCAAUCCGAACUUGUUUAGAACUGUUAUUAAAAGUAAAGGUUAUUUUACUAUUAUAUAUAGCUAGCAAUUAAUUUUUGCACAAGACAUGAAGAAAUGGACACUUGGUCUUUUUGUUAAAUGAUGUAAGAGUACCUUUUUUAUACAAAGAAGCAAAAGAUACAUCCUAGUAGAGCUAAUACAAAUUACAAAAAGUCUUUAGUCUAAUCUAGAUUAUAACAUGCUCAUCAUUACAACUUAGAUUAAAUAAAGUCAAUAUGGUUAUCCUUGUUUGUAAUUAGAAAUAUAAUAAUAAUAGAUAAAUAAAAAAAGCUAUAAAAGUUGAGAAUGUUAUAAACUUUUAAGUAGUCCUUUAAUUCCUUGCAUGGUUUUAAAAGUCUAUAUUCCACUACAAUAAAUAAUUUGUCAUCUUGAGUUUCCUCUUCCAUCAUAUUACCCAACUUUCCCUAAUUUCUUUAGUACUAAAUUAGCUGCAUUUUUAAAGCUGCUGUUCUUGAAAUUAAUAUAUACUCAUCUUCUUGUAUUCUGAAUAAUAUCAAGAAUGAAUAAAUAUUGGCUCCAAAUUACUUCUGUGUUAACUUCUUUUGUAUUUCCACAUUUCAUUGUUUGUUUAUCCAAUGAAGACAUCCAACUCAAUAGCCAGUUGAUUAGCAUCAACCAACAUGUUCCUAAGGUGAAUUCUCAUAGGAUAUUUGAUAUUGAAAUUCAUGGAAUAUUAUUAUGGGCUUCAAUGGGAUUCUUGAUGCCAGCUGGAAUACUCACAAUAAGACUCUCCAACACAGAAGAGUGUAGCACAACAAAACUCAAAAUUCUCUUCUAUGUUCAUGGAACUCUUCAGGUACUCUCUGUGGUGUUGGCUACUGCUGGAGCUGUGCUAUCAAUAAAGAGCUUUGAAAAUUUGUUCAACAAUACUCACCAAAGAAUAGGCUUAGCACUUUAUAUUGCCAUCUAUGUCCAAUUUUUUAUGGGAUUUCGAAGGCCUAUGAGGGGAAGUAAAGGAAGAAGUGUGUGGUAUUUUUUCCAUUGGCUACUUGGAACAACAAUAUGCUUGGCAGGAAUUAUCAACACUUACACAGGCUUAAAUGCUUACAAUCAAAGAACAUCAAAGCCAAUAAGCCUUUGGACAAUAAUUUUUACAGCUCAAAUAUCAUUCAUGGGAUUAUUCUAUCUUUUCCAAGACAAAUGGGAAUAUAUACAAAAGCAAGGGGUCAUUCUUGACAACAAUGAAACUACAACACCUCAAGUGGAAAUAGUUGUUCCUCAAAAUGAUGAACAAAAGAUGAUAAUGAGAACUGAGUCAGGGAGGAAAAGCAAUGCACUUGGUACUUUCUUUUCUAGACAUAAUGUCCUAAACAAAUUAUUUCAACAAACUUGAAAUGUUUUCAUGUUUCUUGUAAAUUACUAGUUUCUCGAUACGCAUGUGUAUUUUGUAUGAAAAUUAAUAAUUAAAAAAAUUCAAAUCGUAUAAUAAGUUAUUGGGAGGA